GGAAAUCAUCCAUACACAUCUUAAUUAGUUCUUAACAUGGGUGAAGUUAAGUUGUUUGGAACUUGGCCAAGCCCAUAUAGCUACAGAGUCAUAUUGGGCCUCAAACUGAAGGGAAUAGAAUAUGAAUACAUAGAAGAAGAUCUCUCAAACAAGAGUGAGUUGCUUUUGCAGUACAACCCAAUUCACAAGAAGAUCCCUGUGCUUGUUCAUGAUGGAAAACCAAUAGCAGAGUCUUUGAUCAUCCUUGAAUACAUCGACGAGACGUGGCCGGAAAACCCCCUGCUUCCAACUGAUCCUUAUGAGAAAGCCAUUGCUCGAUUUUGGGCGAAAUUCGCCGAAGAUAAGGGUAGUACUUUGUGGAAGUUCUUUAGUACUUCAGGUGAAGAACAAGCUGUAGCCACUAAAGAGUGCUUGGAAAUGCUGAGAACUAUUGAAGAGCAUGGGGGGCUUGGAGACAAGAAAUUUUUUGGUGGAGAAACAAUCGGAUAUGUGGACUUGGCCUUUGGAGGGUUGGGUCACUGGUUGGGAGUGAUGGAAGAUGUAGUAGGGGUUAAGUUGAUUGAACCACAUACCUUACCUCGCUUGCAUGCUUGGAUACAGAAUUUCAAGCAAGUCCCUCUUAUUAGAGAUAACCUUCCUGAUCGUGAUCAGAUGUUCCCCUUUUUCAAGAGUCGCAGGGAGAUGCUUUUGGCAUCACCACCAUCACAUUAGAACUCUUUCUCUCU